AUGACCCACUUGCACUCGGCUUUCGGCGCACUCUCGGGAUAUAAUCAGCAGCAGCAGCAGCAACAGCAGCAGCAGCAGAUGCCAGCGGCCUGUUCAACCAGCAAGCAGCAGCAGCAGCAGCGGCAGCAACAGCCGUACGGAGGCGCCUGCCCGCCGACAAAUGCAGCGCCCUGUGCGGCGAAUCCCUUCGAGACAGCCGCGCCCGCGUCGUCGUACCCGUCCUCGGUUGGCUGCUACUUGCCGGCCAACCUGUUGGACCAGCUGCGCUCGCUGCCCGGCAGCACGCCGAUUUUCAUUCUGCCGGCCGGCAGCUUGACGAGCGGCAGCAGCGCGCCGACCGCCUGCCCCACUCCGUGCUUCUCGCCCACCUGCAUUCCGUACCCGAUGCCGUUCCCGGUCUACCAACCCUUCGCCGCCGGAGGCUCGUCGUCCUCCGGCGAGGUCGACAGCUGCAACUGCGCGAGCAGCAGCGGCAAAGGCGGCAGGUCGCGCUGCUCGAGCGGCUCGAGCGGCUCGCUGGAGAUCGCCGGGCCGAGCUGGAACGACGGGCACGUGUGCCAAGAGAACAAGCUCGACGGCACGGUGUGCAGUCAGAAGAACUGCCCGGCGUCCGUUCAGCUGCAGGCCAUGAUAUCGCAGCUGCUGGCCAUCCAGGGUGUCGUGCCCUCGGCGAUCACCCGGAUCUUGUUGAAGCGGGUUCCUGCCUCCAACGUCCCGGAUUCCGUUGACGAAAUUAUGGACAAGGCCAUGAGGUGUAUUCGUCAAUUACCCAAAGACGGGCUUCUUCGCGAGUCGUGCAACUGUCGCGAAGUGACAAAGCUUUUGGGACUCUACUUGACGUCAUCGUCGACGAUUCCGCGAAUAAUUCCUGUGCUCACCACAGUCCAACUGAAGUGCAACAUCCUCAAGGCUCUAAUUGAGAAUUUGGCGAGCGCGCGGUUGAUGGAGGACAAGAAUUGCGGCGUCGAGGCUGGAGAACCUCUGGAUCGCCUUCUAUUGGAGCUCAAACCCGAGGAUGAGUUGAGGCAGAUGUUAGCGACAUUCAGAGAGCGAGAAUGCGACGAGCGAGUGAACGCGAGUUUCGCUGCUUGUGCCUCGCAGAGAAGAGUCGCCGAAGCACGGCUCGCCAAUGUGCAGAGGAAGAUUCAACAGGUCGAGCAUGAAAUGCAGAGGCGACGCGAUCUGCCCGUUGAUCAGUGUAGCAACUUGCGAGAUUACUUGUAUGGCAGCACUACAACGAGCAAACAUUUCGAUUCGCCCGAUCCGUUCGCGGCGAUAUGCAUAACGAGUUUUAAGAGAUUGCUACUGAAGCCGCAUGUUGGCAGCCCGGAAACCACUUACAUCAAUUCCAAAGAGACAACAUGCGAAAAAGAUGUUAACGAUGAUGACUCUAUCGAUCUCCGAGAUGAUGUCGCAUGGUAA